AAUAUACUAUACUAGUAGUUUAAUACAAUCCAGAAUGUUAACAACAGACCAAUUCAAUCAUUCAAAUUUUUUUAAAGUAAUUUUCAAUCUAACUUUUAUCAAAACAGAGUCAAACGCGCUUCCUCCAAAAACCCAGCUAAAAUUCCCCAGAAUACAUUUUUGUGUAGUCAUUUCUGAAAUAUUCAUGUGUUUUCUCAUGAAACAUGUUUGAAUCCAGACAAAGAAGUGUGUUAAGCUUAGGUUUUAUCCUUAUCACAGUUUACUUAUCCUCCAAUUCCUUACCAGUUGAGUCCAGUUGUAAUAAAGGGUGCGAUUUAGCUUUAGGUUCAUUCUUUGUUUGGCGGGGGACAAAUCUUAUUCACAUAUCACAGUUAUUCUCCAUUUCUACUAGACAAGAAAUCAUCGACUACAACAACAAUGACAACAUACCUAAUCAAGACAGUGUCAUAGCUGGGACAAGAAUUAACAUACCUUUCAGUUGUGAUUGUUUGGAUGGUGAAUUCUUAGGCCAUGUUUUUCCGUACAAGGUUAUAUCUGGAGAUACUUAUACUCGGGUUGCGUCGAAUUAUUCGGAUUUAACGACUGUGGAUUUGUUGAACAAGUUUAAUAGCCAUCCUGAGAAUAAUAUUCCAGAUGAUGUUACCUUAAAAGUGGUUGUGAAUUGCUCCUGUGGGAAUAAAGAUGUUUCUAAAGAUUUUGGGCUGUUUGUGACGUAUCCUUUGCGGCCUGAGGAUAACUUGACGGCCGUGGCUUCCACGGCCAAUGUCAGUGCUGAAUUAAUCCGGAGUUAUAAUCCAGGAGCGAAUUUCAGUGCUGGGAAAGGGAUUGUGUUUAUACCUGGAAGAGAUAAAAGUGGGAACUUUCCGCCACUGCCAACAAGCACAGGUAUUUCUGGUGGAGCAAUAGCUGGGAUAUCUAUAGGAGCAAUAGCAGUAGUCUUGCUGCUGGCUGGCUUGGUUUACGUAGGAUAUUAUAGGAAGAAAGCACAAAAGGUUUCGCUGCUCUCUUCCGAAGACCACCUCCAUCAGUCUAGUCAUGGCCCAGAGGGCAGCACGAUAGUUAAAGCUGCAGAUUCCAGUCGCCUGGCUAAUAGCAAUUCUCCAGAGCUUUCAGGCAUAACGGUGGAUAAAUCUGUUGAGUUCACUUAUGAAGAGCUUGCUACUGCGACUAAUGACUUCAGCAUUGCUAACAAAAUCGGACAAGGUGGUUUUGGUGCGGUUUACUAUGCCGAGCUCAGAGGCGAGAAAGCGGCUAUUAAGAAAAUGGACAUGGAAGCUACAAGGGAGUUUCUUGCUGAAUUGAAGGUCUUGACACAUGUUCAUCACCUGAACCUGGUGCGCUUGAUAGGCUACUGUGUCGAAGGUUCACUCUUCCUUGUAUAUGAAUACGUUGAGAAUGGCCACAUAGGCCAACAUCUGCGUGGUACAGGUAGGGACCCAUUGCCAUGGUCUACUAGGGUUCAAAUUGCUCUGGAUUCAGCUAGAGGUCUUGAGUACAUACAUGAGCACACCGUACCAGUUUACAUUCAUCGUGAUAUUAAAACAGCAAAUAUUCUGAUAGACAAAAACUUCCAUGCAAAGGUUGCAGAUUUUGGAUUAACAAAACUGACUGAAGUUGGAAGUUCAUCUUUGCAAACACGACUUGUUGGUACUUUUGGAUACAUGCCUCCAGAGUAUGCCCAGUAUGGCGAUGUCUCUCCUAAAGUUGAUGUCUAUGCUUUUGGUGUUGUCCUAUAUGAACUUAUUUCAGCCAAGGAAGCGAUAGUCAAGCCAAAUGAAUCUGUUACUGAAUCAAAGGGUCUUGUAGGUUUGUUUGAAGAAGUACUUAAUCAGCCAGAACCUGAUGAAGACCUUCGCAAACUGGUUGACCCUAGACUUGGAAACGACUAUCCCCUUGAUUCAGUCCGCAAGAUGGCACAGCUUGCCAAAGCUUGCACCCAUGAAAAUCCUCUAAUAAGGCCAAGUAUGAGAUCAAUAGUGGUUGCGCUGAUGACACUCUCUUCGUCAACAGAAGAUUGGGAUGUUGGAUCUUUCUAUGGAAACCAAGGUCUAAUAAAUCUUAUGUCUGGAAGAUAGUAAAACAGGAUCAUGCUUCCAUACAGUUAAUACAAAAAUUCAGUUCCCGGCUUGUGAACGAGACUGAGACGACCAUGCUGUUUUAAGCAUUGGAUCAGUGUACUACUUGUGUAGUUUUAUUUGUAUAGUAACUUGUUUCAAUAGUGUAAGAAAGCUGGCUUUGAUUUGUAACAUUUAGAACAAAAUAACCUUCAUUGUGAGUUAGAAAUGGAGCAUUUCCUCAAGGGGAAAUAAAUGUUUUUUUUUUGUUGUCUGAUAGCAGUGUUUAUUAUUGUCCAAUACUCGGUCACAGAUGUCCAAAGAAGACAGCAGCUAAACUUUUGCAUGUUCAUUUCUUGUUUCUAUUGUU